UUUGUUUGCUUUCAUUUCAUUCGUAACUUCGCGAUCCUCCUGCCUUGCACACCGCGUCUGGCUUCGACCGACGACAGUUGGAGUCGCAGCCGGCGUUUAGACAUUUUGUUCUUCGGUUUCACUGAGUUAGGUGCUGCUCCUCGUACUUCAGUCUCACUGGGUGAAGUGUUGCUCCUCGUACUUCAGUCUCACUGGGUGAGGUGUUGCUCCUCGUACUUCAGUCUCACUGGGUGAAGUGUUGCUACCCAGCCCAGGGCGCACGCCAUUGAGGUCAGCAGUUGUAAAAAUUUGAUUGAGAGGAUGGAUGCUGUGAUGAUGGCGGAUGCUGCCACGGAGGAAGAUGUCGUGUUGUAGAAUUCCCUGUCGCUGACUCACGUGAUAUCAUACCUCGUCUCGUAACUCAGCGGAGUCACAGUUUUACUUCUCUACACUGUUGUGUUAUGUCAUCGUGACCUUGUGUGACGCGUACUGACUGACCUUUAGUGACCCCUCAGUGUUGCUCAACACGCCUGAGUGUGUGUUCUCCCCUCUACGACCGGUACGAGUCGCAGGACGAAUCAAUGAGGGAAUCAUUAUCAUUAAUGAUUAACAAUUCCUCGCUGGAUCUUCCAGAAUGCUCGGCUUCAAGUUCUUGACUUUACAGAAGAGAAAGUUUCUUCUGGUGAUUGUCGUUGUAGCCAGCGUCAAUGUGAUUGCAUUCUUUGCCAUCGGCUUAAAAAUCACGUUACAAAAGGCUAACAAAGGCAGUAUAGAGUACAGACAGCUGCACCCCGAUGAACAGAAAGUCUUGGUUUAUCACUGCCCUUGGGAUGUCAAGUGCGGAGGCCUGGGUGACCGACAGAAGGGAAUCGUGGGCGGCUUCGUGCUCUCCGCCAUGUUGAACCGCACGUUCAAGAUCCACAUGCCCUUGCACCCAGAAUGCAAUUUGGAUUUCUUCCUGACCCCAAGCGAGCUGGACUGGCGGGUACGCAGCACGGAACUGGCCCACCCGGAUCAGCAGAGUUUGCUGGCGAUGGACGGGGACAACAUCGAUGUCAUUCAGAGUCUCCUGAAGAAGGACAACCUGCAGGCGGAGCUCCCCAGCACGUACGUCCUCUUCCGCAGCAAUAUGGAGAUCGUGCAGUACCUCCUACAACACCCGGCGGCCAAGAAGGUGGAGUGGCUGCAGGGGAAAUCAGUACCAGACAUCUACAAGGAGGUGAUAACCAGGCUGUUCACGCCGUCCGAGCGGAUUCAGAAAAAGCUGCAGAAGCUGCAAUCAGACUUUCGUGCCGGAAAUGCGUCUCUCAUCUGCGCACAGGUGCGACUAGGCCAGAGCGAGACGUUUGAGGACACGGAGCAGUUCUUGAAUGUCCAAGUGUUUCCCGUCUUGGCGGACUUUCUAGCGCCGUACAGCACGGCUGCCACGUCUCGGAUUUUCAUCUCCUCCGACUCCAAGAAGAUCGUCGAGCUCGCCACCGCUCGUUUCCCGACCGUCGCCGUCACCGUCCCAGGCCCGAUCACUCACGUCGACAGGAGCAAGGGAGGCGACACCUGCGAGGGGACGGAGAAGGCGGUGGUGGAGCAGUUCCUCUUGGCGUCGUGCGACAUGUUGGUGAUCUCCGAGAGCGGCUUUGCCAAGAUCGCCGCCUUCCUACGAGGACGAGAUGAUGGCUUGUAUAUCGUGUAUAACAAGGCGACUUUUUUUUCGCAUAAGAUCGUGGUGGAAUCUUACAGGAGAGACGAACCGGCCUUUCCCAACAGACGCUGGUGAGAUCUGCGGUUACGGAUUUCUUUUUAUAUGGGUUUUCCCACCAUUUUUACCUCCAUUUGUACUUAAAAGUUUCUGAUCGACUCAAAUCCCAGUUGGCUUGAAUUCCAGUUACUAGCAGUGAGACAGAUCGCCAUUUUUUAAGUCGUACUAUUAUGAAGCCACCGGAGGGUUGUUUGUACACAAAUGUGUGUGUAUGAGUGAGUGAUAUAACAUGUAUACACUGAUUUAUUUUGACGAUGAUUGAUGAUUGUUGAUAUUGAUAUCUCUAUAUAGAUGGAUUUAUAUUUGCACUUUCAUACACUUUCCUCUCCACAUAAUUAUUUUCGGACAUAAAGAUGUGUGAAAGUUUUAAUCUUUAUGACUAGCAGGUCUAAAUAUGUAAGUCAGUGCCUCGGGUAUAAAAGUAUAAAAUCAUUUUGUGAAAGAAUGUGCAUAUGUGCGCGUGUUCCCUGUUUAAUGUGCAAUAACAGUUGUCGAUAUUUUUUGUAAACCAUCAGAAUCAUAUCUCAUGCACUUUAUGAUAAUUAUGCCCAACAUCUUCUCAUGGCAGCUCUCACACUUGGGUACAUUCAUUUGACAUAUCUUCUACCUUCCAUCAUUCUCUGUCUCUCUCCUUUGUUCUUUUUCUCUCACAUCACGCACAUUACAGGCUACAUCUGUUUUGAGAUUGACGAUAUUUGUAUACAGCAUCUGAAAAUAGCCGUUUUCUAGUUUGUAUAUACAUGUUUAUAUAUAUAUAUUACUAUGUGUAAAUGUAAAUAACUAAAGAUAUCAAUAAAGUGAUAAAAAGUAA